GCAGCUAGCGGGGAGCGCCCGCCCCACGGGCUCCCCCAUGGCGGCGGCCCCCGUGGGGGGGGAGGCGGGGGGUAGGGAUAGGGCCCCGCGCCCCGUGCCCACUGUCCAGAGAGAAGGUGGUACAUUGGAUGAGGCAAUGAGAAAAGAUCUUUUCACAGACACCUUCUGUAAAGUGUGUGGGGCUGUGCUGCAGUUUGAGUCACAAAGAAUUUCACAUUAUGAGGGCAAAAAGCAUGCUCAAAAAGUUCGCCUUUAUUUUCAAAUGCACAGUGAACAAGAUGAUGGACAAGAACCUGGCAAACAGAAGAGACAAGAUUAUGUGAACUUUCAGGUGGAUGGGAGUGGAGUAGUGGACAAAAACAAAUAUUGCAAUCUUUGCAACAUGAUUUUUACUUCUCCAGUUGUUGCUCAGUCUCAUUACCUGGGAAAAAUACAUGCCAAAAAGCUGAAGCAAUUAUCAGGAGACCAACCUCAAGUGCCUGCACAGAGCACUCAGCCACAAACAGGUUCCCCCACUGGUCCUUCUGCAUCUCUGGCACUACAGCAGCCCUCAGCUGAGAAGCUCUCCCAGGAUUCUAAUGUUGAAGAGUCCACAUCAUCCUCUAGCAUUGCUUUGGAUUUAAAUGAUCCAGACAAGUAUUGCAAGCUCUGCUCAGCUCCCUUCAAUAAUCCGUUGAUGGCCCACCAACAUUAUGUUGGCAAGAAGCACAAAAGGAACGAAGCACGGAAGAAGAUGAUGGCGGAGAUGGGGGAGGACGCUGUUCCUGCGGAAUCCAGUGCAAAUGCAGUUGGAGUUGGUAACUACAUAUGUCCUAUAUGUAACAUCACUCUUACGUCUAUAGAAAUGUACCAGUCCCACAUGCAAGGAAAUAAACAUCAGAUUAAAGAAACCAUGGUUGUCAACCUCAUAAAGAAUUCAAAGAAAACAUAUGACUCCUUUCAAGAUGAAUUAGAAGAUUACAUUAAAGUGCAAAAAGCUAGAGGACUGGAACCAAAAACAUAUUUCAGAAAAGCAGAGGAGGAAGAGUUUGAAAACUACGAGUCAGAAGCAGUAAAUGAUUGUGAUGAUAUUGUAUCUUCCAAUGUUACUUUUGAACAAGGACAGCAUUCCAUCCUCUUCUCAGAAACAUAUACGUCAUCACAUGCUGUUGAAAACAGAUCGCUGUGCUGGUCACCAGCUCAUGAGAAUAGGCUAAGACUAGAAAACAUGGCUAAAUGCCAUGACAGCAAGGAAUAUUAUUCAGAAAUGCAAACAUCUCAGGUGAUCCCUUUCAAAGAUGAUAGCUAUGGCCUAUCAUCUGCAGAAUCCAGUGACUGCUACAAACGCAUCUCUUCUGAUAAUAGCACCCGCUCCUAUAGGAAAGGCCAAAAGCUUCGAAGGAAACAUGAAGAGGGGGAAAGACACACUGGGGAAGGAAAAGAGAAAUACAACAAAGAUGCCACAAAGCAGAAGAAAAAGGAAAACAGUGAAGACACAGAUUCUGGAAAGGACAGUGAAAUGCAAAAGCGAAGAAAGAUUGAUAUAGAUUCAACUCACGAGAAAAAAUCAAAGCACAGUAAAGACAAAAGAAUUAAAGAAAUACCCGCUGAGAAGGAGAGUAGAAAGCACAAAAAGGAUAAAAGGAAACCACAGCCUGAUGGAAAAACAGAAGAAGAGAUACUUUGGGAUGAAUCUAUCCUGGGAUUCUAAUAGAGGUUUUGAUUAACUUUAUGAAGUUGGUAUUUUUUGUAGUCUCUCUUAACCAUGGUGUACUAUGUUAUGACUCAGUAAUUUUUGUCCCACUCUAUGGAAGCGAGAAAAAGGCUGACUUCUGAAACUAUUGGGUAGUAGGUAUGAAUCAGCUUUUAAUAAUCUCAUACACACAACUGUCGUACAACAACAUGAAUUGAAACCCUAUAAUCUGUCCUGGAAUGUGCUUCAAAUAUGGCUUAGCAGAUGAAAGAAAACAAUCUCUCAUCCUAAGGAAAGAGGAGAGCUAUGGGCAGACCACACACAUCAACUACACUCUUCUCUCUCCGCUGUCUCCUCAGCCGUUCAUGUGGCAAAGGUGUUAUGUAGGCUAACACAUGCAAAGCUGUGCGCACAGUGCUUGCAAGGCAUCAGUGGGCCCAUGAAAAUGAGCUUCCCACCACUUGCUGUGCUAUGCUAGCUGGCUUGAUUUGUCGCAUUCACCAUUGAAUAAUGCUGGUGCCUGCCUAUGGAGGUAUGCCACAUCCUUUUUCAUGGUUGCAGAAGCAGUGCUGGAGAGGCCUUCAUCCCUGCUUUGAGCUUAGAAUGCCUGGUGUACAGAGCAGAGAAACAACACAGGCGAGAGGCUAUCUCAGCAUCCCAGAUGAGUUGCCCAACUUUCUACCUAAUUCUUCUGAGAACGUUAAUCCAGAUGAUCUCAUUGGUCCACCAAGCAACAACCUUCUUUCCAGUCCAUAGUUGACUUCAGUUGUGCCCUCAAGAAAUGAGCAAACAAUUAUAUCUACAUUACUCUAGGGGGAAUUCUGCGCCAAAAAAUAAAAAAUUCUGCAACAAAAAAUUAAAAAGUAUGUGCACAAUAUUUUAA